UUAUGAACCCCAAUUAUUCUGUAAUGCUAGGUUUGGCAUGAGUAUCAGAAACAUUCCUAUAUAAUUGUCUCUAGACUGGCAUGCUGAGCUUAUAAUUUAUUCAACUGUAUGUCAAAACAUGGAGCACCACCGUGGAGUAAAUAACACAAACUCCGCUUAUCCUGGAAAUUUAGGACUGGAAGCACAGUUGGAAAAUGCAAAGGUUUCCAACCCACCCAAGACAGCACACUGUUUGCAAAAUGGUGGAUUUGGUUUGACUGUGUCCUCCAAAAAUGAAAAUAAAAAAGCGGAAGUUGAUAAUAUUCUAAGAAGGGAGGCGGGCGAGCGUAAUGUGACUCUAUGCUCUCCUGUCAACACGUCUGAUGGUUUGCGUAUAACUAAACCAACCAACUGCGUUCACCAAUCUAGUGAUCAGGUUACGCACACCACUUCUGUGAAAUCUGAUUCACAGUCUGAUAAAGUCACAAGCACUUCUGCGCCAAACCAGACCAGUGAGACCACUACACAGAGUACAGGCUGCAAUUGGCGACAGCGGCAAGGCCAGAACAAAACACCAAGGAUACCGUCGCUUAUUGUGAGCGACACUAGCACAGGUGAUUCUUGCUUGGUAGACGAAACUCUAGAUUUUAGUCCAACUUGGAGGCACUCAUGCGAAGCAUCAAGUUUUGACCCAAACCACUGCGCUUCAACUGCGUUCGGGCCGUCAGUAUAUCAAAUUGAGGCAGGAGACAAUAUUAGCACUUUGCCGGAGCUUGUUUCAGCGGAGCAUACACUUCUAAGUCCAAGAAGAAGCUGCGACAGUGCGUACGGCUCCUCCAUGGACACAGGAUGUCACCAAGAUGAUGGGAGUACUGCUUCCUCGUUUGGCGAAACGGAGGGUUCCGUUGAAAUUGAAGCAACUAUGUCUUCCCCUGAGACCUCACCCCAGCAUAAUCCAUUGACAUUAUCGGUGGUUGCCCUCCGGAAGCAAGCAGCCUCCCCCUUUUCAUCCUCUUCAUCGGCAACAUCCGACACCCCAGAUCCAUUGUUGCCAUCCGAUGAUGGAGGAUCAAGUUUAAAAGUGGGCGAAACUUUUGUCCGGAAGUUGUCAUCUUCUUCCAAUUGCUCAUUGAGGUCUUCUUUGUCCUUUGAAUCAGAAGAGGAUUUUGUCAGUGGUGAUGAGGGUGCAGUGCAAGGUACAAGAAGAAGACAUACCAAGAUUAAAGCACAAAACUCUUGGAGCAAGAUACGGAUGGUGAUAUGGUCACCGUUUAUGCAGUCAUUCAAAAAGAAAUACCCCUGGGUACAACUGGCGGGUCAUGCAGGAAAUUUCCAACCGGGCGAGGAAGGCUGCAUCCUCAAGCGCUACGUCGAGCGAGAAGCAAACUGCUUAAAAGGAAUGGGCGCCGACCUAACUCUGCAAAACUUCGCACCCUCGUUCCAUGGCAUCGUGGAAAACAACGGGGAGAAAUUCACUCAGAUGGAAGAUCUUUUACUCCCCUUUGACGCUCCUUCACUUAUGGAUUGUAAGAUGGGUAUCAGGACGUACUUGGAGGACGAGUUGAUUAAAGCGAAAGUAAAGCCACAACUCCGAAACGACAUGUACCUGAAGAUGACAGAAAUCUCCCCUGACGAACCGACAGCCGAGGAACGAGAACUAAAAGCGGUGACGAAACCAAGGUAUAUGCAAUGGAGAGAACAAGUUAGUUCAACUUCAAACCUUGGCUUCAGGAUCGAAGGAAUAAAGGUUAGUGAUCAGAAAGGGGACAAGGACCCCAGCAAAGAUUACAAGCUCACGAAAACGAAAGAACAAGUUGUAUGCGCGUUUAAAUACUUCAUAAACAACAACGUCACUGUGCUGGAGAAAUACAUCGAGAGGUUAAUGGACAUGCGGGUGGCGUUGGAGGGAUCAGAUUUCUUUCAUCGUCAUGAGGUGAUCGGGAGCUCCCUGUUAUUCGUGCACGAUGCUACGGGGUUGGCUAAAGUGUGGAUGAUCGACUUUGGGAAGACGAGUCGUUUGCCUGAAGGUCAAACACUCGACCAUAGAACAGAAUGGGUGGAAGGGAACAGGGAGGACGGCUACCUUUUCGGCAUGGACAAAAUGAUCAACAUUAUGCAAGAGAUUUUAAACGAUCUGAGGUCGGAUACAAACCAUAAUGACGUCAUCGCAAAUGACGUCACGUCCGUUAGCGCGGUGGACACUGCAGCGUCACCCAGCCCGCGCACCGCCCGCAAGAUAGCGCUAAAGCGGCAGCUCGCUCAGAGUCUCUCGAGCGAAGAGCCAUCUGAUGACGUCACGAACUCAAAAGACAGGACGUCGUAGGGAAAGUCCCCGGACCCAACGCACGGUACUAACCCGCCGGCACGGUGGCCGUCCAAACGAAAAGGUACUUCCCCCAGACAGAGAAAGAUGUAAGGUCCGCGGUACAUGACCGCUUUGUCCUUCCCAAAGCACGGAUAGUCCCAGGCGUCCUCCGGAACACUUGUGCGACUUUGAAAGGUGCACAUGUUGCCGUACCGAUUUAUUUUUAUACAAAAUGUUUCUUUUUCCUACCCCCCUGCACUAUAUGUAAGUGCCGUUUUAACCAAGCACCCCCGCUCUCACACGUCAUAACGCACUAUUGUGACGUAGGUCGCCUGCUAAGCUCCACAAUUUUCCAUGACGUCACCUCAAGAUCGUACCCUCUGUCACAGAUAUAUUGCUUAAAUCACUUUUUAAUGGAAUCCAAACGACCGAGCCAUUUGGUCGGGUUUUUAUCGAUAAAUUUCUCUAUGAUGUCACACAGUCCUGUGUUUUAACACAAGACAAUGUGUCGCUAUUAAAAUAAUCACUGUAUUCCGAAAUGGCCGCUUUUUCUAACAUGAUAAUGUUAGAAUAGGACCUGGGUAUUUGGCAAAGUUUAAGCUCACAUUAAAUGCUAAAUACUGAAAUCAAAACUGGCUUACUUUUCAAACUGUAGCGCAGCCACUGUGUUACACGAUAUCUAUGUUCGCCUAUAAUUCUUAAAUCAAGCGGUACCCCGAGUAAUCAUCAAAUUUUUUUCCAUAUUAAAAUAAUCAAAAAUAUGUUUUAUUCAAAAAAAGCACAGCGUACCUCGGCUAUCGUGGACUAACUGCGUAAUCUUCAUUUUUUUCGUGUUUUUACUGUUUUAUUUACAAAAAAAUAGUCGACUACUGAAAUUUAAUACUUUUAAUUUUUUAUCCCACACAUAAUCAGUGACCGUGUGGACAAUUUUUCCGAAAUCUCAAAACUUAAAAUGUUUUCAAGCAUUCAUUUUACAUUCCGUGUUUUUUCGUGCGUUUUUCCUUUUUUUCUUACUUUCAGGUAGUCUGCUAGCUUCUUAAUAUUACUUGUACCGUUAUUGUUAUACUGUACAUUCGUUCCAAUACAGUUCGAUUCCGAAAAAGCAA